CGGAGUGGCCCCGCGAGCCCUCUCCGCCUGUCGCCCACAACAGCCCACAUCAUCAUCCUCAUCAUCAUCAUCCUCAUCAUCAUCCUCAUCAUCAUCCUCAUCAUCAGCAGCAGCAGCAGCAGCAGCAGCAGCAGCAGCAGUGUGAUGAAGCAGCGGAGGACGGAGACUCUGUAGAUCAGCCAGCGGACAGGAUGACUGAGGUGAUGAACUCUCUGGAGCCCGGGACGGAGGACUUCAUCGGGGGAGGAGCCGGAGGAGACGAGGGCACAAUCUUCUCGGACGCCCGCGAACGCUAUCCAAAGUUGUCCAAGAGGCUGCCCUCCAUCGUGGUGGAGCCGACGGACGGAGCCGAGGUGGAGAGCGGCGAGCUCCGCUGGCCGCCGGACGAGCCGAGCCCUCCGGACGAAAUCCAGACCGGGCGACGGGGUGCGGAGGAGGAGGAGGAGGAGGAGCAGCAGCAGGAGGAGGAGGAGGCGGCAGAUGAGGAGCCGCCGAGCGCCGGCGAGCAGGACGAGGCCUCCGGGGCGGAGAUGCAGGACUCCAACUGAACAAACUCUCCCGCUGUGAAAAGAAGUCCACCGUUACUGUGAGUGUGUCCGGACUCGGACGAGUUAACAAAGUAGAGGAGCACUCGGUGUGGAUAGACAGGUCACGGAGACAGGAGGAGGAGGAGGAGGAGGAGGAGGAGGAAGGGUAGAUGAACAGAUUCCCAAACCCCAGCUCACGGGCUCGGAGCCAGAGUCCAGUCGCCAUCUUGUUUUUGUUUUCUUUUCACGUACAGUACGUAUCUGCUGACGACGGACACGCGCUCGCUAAUAACCAUCAGUGAAGGGACCAAGUUCACAUCCUGAACCUUUGUACUCCACAUCUUUUCUAACCUUUUGACUAAAGACGAUGUCUGUCUGGAAAAUGGAGCUCGACCGAUUCAUUGGUCGGUCCAUAUGAGCCCUUCACAGACACGUCGGUUUUUCGGCACGCGGAAACUUUUAUUUUAAGGAAUAAAAAAUGCAGAAAAGAUGUAAAAUUGACGUUAACAUUUUACGAAAAAAAGAAAAAAAACCCUUUAUUCUUGGAAUUCUAAUUAUCAAAAUUUCAAAUUCAAAUUUGUGUUUUCUUUUUAUUUAUAGCCAUUUAUAAUAAAGUUUGAAAUCAAUUGCAUGUCUUUGUCAUAAGAUUUUGAUAACAACAUCUUUUUUUAAUAAUAUAUUGAUCGUCCGAUUUAUAUCCAUCAGGAAUUUUUACUUCCUGAUAUUGGUACCCAAAACUCCAUAUCGGUCGGGCUCAAUUAGAAACAACGAAAAGACGUAUAACUUAGCAGCAGACACGUUUUAAUGUCCCAAUAUCCCUGGAAUCACAUUCCAGCUUUGUGAUUUUAAUAUAAAAACACAUGUUUUAUUUGAUAAUCUUCUCUCUCUGGCUCCGAGUCGUCCACCGUAUCGUCUCCACAUUGGAUCUGGACAGAUGUUUUCUAAAUGCUGUCUCCAGUAUUUAGCUCUUGUGUGCCAUACUGUACAUGUGCUAUUACUGACGGUAGCUACUGUAUUUAGUGCACAGUUGUUACAUGUAGAUGACUGUAGAUGUGAACUACAUCUGUUCGUUGAGUGCCCGCUGAUGUCGUCUGGUGAUCUUGGUCUCACGUUGUGAUAAUAGCUACGAUGUUUUUCGAGGAGCCGCAUUUGAUAACGAACUGAUUUGUCACUUUAUUCGAUGUUGUUAUAUUCUGCGAUAUAUAUCACGAUGUGUAAGCGUUGUCCUCGCGCAGUAGGCGUUAAAGGGAAUGUAACCGGUGUUCUGUUUUACUUAAGAUAUUGGAGCAAUAUGUUCACAGGCGUUUCAAGGCAGUGCAUUUUGUUACAGACGUAAAACAAAAAGAAAAAAGAUCCAGUAUAUUUAAAAUGUGGCUCACUUGUUACACACAUGAUAUUUUUGGAAAAUACUGGAAACCUAAAAUACAAAUAAACCUUUUAAAAAAAGA